AUGAACAUGUAUCUCGGGUUCUACGUUCUCUGCUCCUGUUGUAUCGUUUGCAUCUCAAUUGCAAGUUGCCAAAACAACAUUUCCCAAUUAUCAAUAUUUCUAGAUGAAGCCUGUGAACCUCAAUUCGAAAAAUUGACAAAUGCCAGUAGUUGUUACUACAUCAGCAGAGAUCUAGUAGGGGGAGACGAGGCGUUUGCACGUUGUAUCAACAUCGGCGGUUACCUCGCCAACUUUGAGACAUUGGAAGAGGCCAUGCUGAUGAAACAAAAACUAAUGGAAAUGAAUUCAGGUCUCCACUUCUUUGUUGGUGGAAGAAAUAUCAACAGGAGACAACCAGGUGGAGAUUGGAGGUGGAUAAAAAACGCAGCUAUGACCAAAAUGACGUAUUUUGCUUUUGGCGGUGGCGAACCCGAUGGAAUUGACAGCCAGCCACAAGAUGCAUGUUUUUAACCCUUUCGAUUACCACAGAUUUCAUGACAUUCCAUGCGAUUUACAUAAGGGUGGUUAUAUAUGCGAGAAAUGAAUAAA